UGUUGUGGAUUUGUACGAACAGAGUUGCGGUUGAGUCAAUCCGAUUAGGAGGCGUAAAUUUCUGUAGUGUCGAAUUGGAAAAGCAUUUAAUUUAGCAAAGUAAAAAUAAAACAAAGUGUAUAAAUAAAUAUAAUACAAAUGUUAUCAACUGCGAAAUCUUGCAGCGGUUAAACUAUAAAACAGGAGCCACGUUCACAGUUUUUUUCUAAAUUUUUAUUCAUUCACUUUAUUUCGUAUAAGCGUUCGGUAUCCCGCAGCGUUUAUUAGAUAUUUCACUUUUCGUUUAACUUGCAACAGCCUAGUUUUGCGAUUGAUUUGUGCAGUUUUCAGUGUUGAGAUUAAAAUAGAAAUCCAACGCGUGGCGUUAGCGCUACGAAAAAAUAACAUGCAUGAUUUAGUUAAAGCGGAAAAUAGUGCAAGGAAAAAGUAAGAAAAUUGAGCGGUUAGUUUAUUUUUCAUCACCCGUGAGAAGGAAAGAGAGCUAGCGAAAAUUUGCCAGCCAAGUGUGUAUAUUUGUAUAAAAAGUGUGAAAUACACACAUAUUAUUGAAUUAAAUUGAAUUAUGUGGUGGGUUGAAAUGUAAAGUAUCAAAAAAGCGAAGCGUCCAUUAGAAAGGAGUGCCGCUUAUGUUGCUGGAACAAAGUGUUAACGAAAGCAACACAAAAAUGCAUCGCAACAAAAAGGAAUAAAUGACAAACAAAAAAGGGCAAUAAAACUGUAAACUAGCGAAUGUAUCUCAACGGAAUUUGUUACACGCACAAGAGUGCUAGAGGAACUGAUUGCACAGCAGCAGCGUAGUAAGUGCAACCAGUAGUAAGUAUUACCGGAUAAACAGCCACUCAAAUCACCACCACAAAAACAACAGCAGCCACAGCAACAAGCGACUUGACUAUGAAUUGACAAAGGUAUGGACUCAUUACACGUGACGAGUACUGCUGGUGGUAGUGGUACACAAUUAUCGUCAUUACUCUCGACAACAGCCAAUAUAGCCACAACGUCGACCGCCAAAGAUCAUCAUAAUCUGUUGUUGUUAAGUCAAAGUGGAGGAAGCGGACAGUUGCGCAUAAGUAGAUCUCCAUCGGACGCACGCAGUUCCGAACAAAUGUCACGUGAACGUAAUCAUCGCGGUGACAGCACCGACUCGGCGAGUCACGCCGACAGAACAGCAACAGCAGUGACGUCUGCGACAGUCGCCUCGGCGGCGGUGGGCACCAUCGGCACACUGGGUGGCGCCGGCGCAUCGGGCACCUCCCUCGCGACAACCACAUCGACGGGCGGUGUCAGCAGUUACGGUAGCAGCACGAUGACCGGAUGCAUCGGGAGCGGCAGCAGUGGUGCCACCGUUGCCACAUUUCGCGGUUUCCGCAGCCAUUCGCCAUCGAGUCGACGCAGUCGGGAACGCAGCCGCCGUGAAUUUCAGCGCACACAUGGUUCCGAUCAGGGCGGACUGUUGGCCUACAGUGGUCUGAGUAAUUUAAGCGCCGGUGGCAUCAGUGGCGGUGGUGGUGUUGGUGGAGUUGGCGUUAGUGGCGGUGGCAUUAGCGGCGGCAUAGGUGGCUUCAUUGUGGGCAGUGGUGAUGGUAGCACAAUGGAGAGUAUGGGUGGUGUUGGCGUCGAGGAUUCGCGUUUAUCAGGCACCGAGGAUCUCUGCUAUCAGUCUUUCGCUUCCGACGAACAAGAUGGCUCUCAUGUGGGUGUUGAUGGUAACAAGAAACACCAUCGUCGCCAUGAACGUACCUCCAGUUUGCAAGCGCUCGAUCGGCUUAAUACGAAAAUUCAAUGUACAAAGGAAUCCAUACGAAAGGAACAAACUGCCAGAGAUGAUAACGUGAAUGAAUAUUUGAAAUUGGCGGCGAGUGCUGAUAAGCAGCAACUGCAGCGAAUAAAGGCUGUUUUCGAGAAGAAAAACCAGAAAAGCGCACACAGCAUUUCGCAGCUCCAAAAAAAACUGGACAAUUAUACGAAACGCGCGAAAGAUUUGUCUAAUCAUCAAUUUGCGAAUAAGAGCCAACAUCGGCAGCCACGAGAAGUACUGCGCGAUGUGGGCCAGGGGUUAAGAAAUGUCGGUGGCAAUAUACGCGAUGGCAUAACCGGGUUUUCCGGUUCGGUGAUGUCCAAGCCGCGCGAAUUCGCACAUUUAAUUAAAAAUAAAUUCGGUAGCGCUGACAAUAUUAACCAAAUGUCAGAAACUGAAAUCAACAACAUUAACAUGCCAGUCAAUGCUGAAUUGAUUGGUAGUUCGACGCCGAAUAAUAACAUUGCGGCCACCUCCACCGGUUCUGGUAAUACGGGUGGUGCGGGUAGCGGUAAAUUUAACAGCGAUAACGGCAGUGAGUGCAGCAGCGUUACCAGCGAGAGUAUACCAGCAGGCUCUGGCAAGAGUCAAUCGGGUGCGAGCCAAUAUCAUCUUGUGCUCAAAUCGCUCUUAACUGAAUUGACUGAACGUAAAGAUGAAAUCGAAAAACUGAAAGAGCGUGUUGAACGAUUAGAGACUGCACAAAAGGAAUUCAAUAACUUAACUGCAACACUGGAAGGUGAACGCUACCGCGCUGAAAGUUUAGAGGAGCAAAUUAACGAUUUAACCGAACUGCAUCAGAAUGAAAUUGAAAAUCUGAAACAAACAAUUGCCGAUAUGGAGGAAAAGGUGCAAUAUCAAAGUGAUGAGCGUCUGCGCGACGUUAACGAAGUACUGGAGAAUUGCCAAACGCGGAUUUCGAAAAUGGAACAUUUAUCACAGCAGCAAUACGUGACCGUCGAGGGUAUAGACAAUUCGAAUGCACGUGCGCUCGUCGUCAAGCUCAUUAAUGUCGUCUUAACGGUGUUACAAGUGGUAUUGUUAUUGGUGGCGACGGCGGCGGGUAUUAUAAUGCCGUUCCUGAAAACGAGAGUGCGCGUGCUGACGACAUUCUUGUUCAUAUUCUUCAUUAUAUUUGUGAUACGACAAUGGCCUGAUGUGCAGGACAUCGGUGCUGGACUGAUGCGACAUUUAAAGGAAUCAUUGGUUGUUAAAUGAAGUACAUAAAUGGCGCUUGUAAACAAGAGACAAAAACAUACACAAACACACAUACAGACACACACGUGCAUACAUGCAAUAAACACACUGGAAGAGGAAGCAGUAAUGCAUAGAAAUAAAUAGCAGCAGCAGCAGAAGCAGCAAAUAUAUGCGUGUGAAUGUAGCAGCAAUUAGUUAUAUAAAUUUUGUUAUUUUUUAUUAGCUGUUAGUGGCGUUAGGAAAAUGUGAAAAGUAAACAAACAGAUUACAAUGUUAAAAAAUAAUAAUUAUAAUAAUAAUAGUAGUAAUCCAGCAUUUAGCCUUAAAAGCACCCGUCUUGUACAGAUGCACUGUUGGGACUGGCAAAUGUGAGUGCGCGUCUGGCGUAGUAGACAUAUUUGUGCAUACAUGACCUUUAUUUCGAUUUUGGAUUUGUUUGAGUGGAAAAGAAGUUUUUCAUUAAUGUUCAUCGACUUCAGCUUUUGUGUGGAAAUUUUAGAUUAGCCGCUGACACAUGCGUUAUGCUGCUUACGGUAUACCUCAGUUGCUUACUUUAUACCUACAGCGGAUAUGUAUGUAUAUAUUUGAGUCUGAGCUGACAACUUUGGUAUUGAUUAUGCAAUGAUUUUAACAGAAGCAAAUGUCUUUUUAGAUGCCCUUAAAGGAUGAUCAGAGACUAAAUUAAAGAAUUUUCGAACUUACAUUUGUAUAUUUCAACCAAAAAAAGUUGUGUAGACCUCGGAAAUAUUUUAUAAAGCGUACUUGGUUUUCCUACACCAAAAAAAAAAUACUUACUCUAAACGUUAUCAAUCAAUUUAAAUUUUUAAAACAUGAACUCAUUCUUAAAGUAUAAAUUCGCCUACUUGUUUGAGUAUAAUUCAUGUGAAAUUCACUAAUGAAAUUCAUAAUUUUUAACACACCUAAGGGACUAGAGAGUUUUUUUUGUUUGUUUUUGUGAACCAUUCAUGUAUUUGAAUUAAAAGAGUGUACAAGACUUUCUAUGAACAUGCAAAUUAAUUUUUUUACGGAAGAAUAAAUUUUAAUUGUUAAAGUUUAUUAUCAAUUGUGGAUUUCAAAGAUCUUCUGUCAAAAGUAUUCAACAUUUUUUAUAGCAGCUACUUCAGCACUCAAAAAAUUUAUAUUCAGAAAUGAAAACAGCGGUCAUUUGUCAAAUACUUUAAAAAUUUGUAAAUGGAACAUAAUCAAAUAUCAAAUACGAAGUAUUUUAAACUCAAGCAUGAAAAAUGCAAAAUUUUAUAUAAAGUGCGAGAUUGAAUUUUUGUAGAACACACAUACAUACACAUAAUUUAAAUGUAAUGAAAACAUAAACCUUUCUUUAAACUCUCCAUCUCCUUUUUAUAUCGAAUGAAAAAAUGAAUUUUCGCGGCACUUUGAAAGAUUGUUAUCAACUGUGGAUUGAAAACUUCUCAUAUGGAACGUGUUAAAAAAUGUGUACAUAGAUAGAAGUUGCUCCACGAUUAAAAUGCUUUCUUUAAAAAAUAAUAUUGAAGCGUCCUCAUUAGAAUUUUGUGUGUGGAACGUAAUUAAAAAUCAAACUGUCCCUUGAACUCGUCAAAACAGUAAAAAUUGCAUUUAAAAUGUGCUGCUAAGGUUUAUUAGCAAAUGUGGAUUUCAAAGUAUGUACUUAUUAUGUGGAACGUAUUUCCAAAUUAUUAUUAGAGCUUCUCCAAUUCCUCACAUUUGCUUAAACAAUGUACAAUCCCGCAGAAAAUCAAGCAUGAAUUAUCAAAUGUAGCAUUGCAAAUGGAAUGCCGUGCGGCAUGUAUUCAAAAAUCAAUCGGUAUUUCUUUGAACUUUGGAUUUCAAAAUUGUUUUGUGGACCUGACUAUAUUUUUUUAUUGUACAAAUGAAUAUAAACAGUGUUUUUAUCGUACACAUUUUCGUGUCAAUUACUUUUCAUCUACACAUUUCGUUUGACAAGCAAGUGAGGUUAGGUUAGGUUAUUCUGGCUGGCCGAAGCCACGCAGAGAUCAUUUUAGUCCAUAGCGAUACCAGAUCAGAGUCCUUUUUUGGUUUUUUUUUUGUUGAUUUGAAUAAAAUUUUUUACAAAUUAGCUAUCAUAUUGACAAUUUAAACCAUUUCGAUUUUCAAAUAUUAAUGUCGAAAGAUUUUCAAACACACACAAAUACAUACAACCCAACAAACUUCAGAAAAUUAACUUUUUGCCUUUGAAAAAUGCGCCCCUCAAGUUGAUAUCUCGCAAAUGCUAUAUCAAAUCAUUGAGGAACUUAAAGCUUUAAAGCUUUUUCAAAUUAAGAAACAGCCUUUUUUUACAUUAGAAAAAUGAAAAUGUUCUGAUACAGAAAAGCUUAUUUUUGUUGAGAAUAACUGGAAGUAAAGCUAUACAAUUUAUUUAAAGCUAAAACCUUAGAGGCAGCGAAUGUUCAACGCAAAGACGCGCGCGCACACACACAUACACAAGAAUGGAUAGAAUGGGAUAAAUUAUACAUACAUACAAAUUUAAGGCAAGGUUAAUGCAUAAGAUGACUCCUUUUUUAUAUAUACCGAGUACAUACAUACA